GCUGUCAGAUGAGAGAGUGUGAUACACGUGUUGGCGGACUAGCCUGAUAGCAAGGAGGUCAAAAUCCCGGCGCCAAGGAAGCAGGGAAGGAAGAAAGACAGAAAGAAAGUCCUCGGUCUCUGGUCCCAGGCCAGUGUGUGUGUUGUGUGUGUGUGUGUGUGUUCCUGUACGGAGUCGCUCUCGUAGUUGCUCCAGGUGUGUUAUUGAGAGGGAGGAGGAGGGGAGGGGGCUGUGCGGACGCCAUGGCGGACUACCUGAUCAGCGGGCAGACCGGUUACGUCCCAGAAGACGGUUUGAGCGGACAGCAGCUGUUCAACGGCGGCGACGGGCUCACAUACAAUGACUUCCUGAUUCUGCCGGGUUACAUCGACUUCACGUCCGACCAAGUGGACCUGACGUCGGCGCUCACCAAACAGAUCACUAUGAAGACGCCCUUCGUGUCGUCUCCCAUGGAUACGGUUACCGAGGCCAACAUGGCCAUCGCCAUGGCAUUAACCGGCGGCAUCGGCUUCAUCCACCAUAACUGCACUCCUGAGUUCCAGGCCAACGAAGUCCGUAAAGUGAAGCGCUACGAGCAGGGCUUCAUCACCGACCCCGUGGUCAUGAGCCCCAGCGAGCGAGUCCGCGACGUCUUCCAGGCCAAAGCUCGUCACGGCUUCUGCGGGAUCCCGAUCACGGACAGCGGCAAGAUGGGAGGCAAACUGGUGGGAAUCAUCUCGUCCAGAGACAUCGACUUCCUGAAGGAGGAGGACCACGACCUGCCGCUGAGCGAGGUGAUGACGAAGCGAGAGGAUCUGGUCGUGGCUCCGGCUGGAGUGACUCUGAAAGAAGCCAACGAAAUCCUGCAGAGGAGUAAGAAAGGUAAACUUCCCAUCGUGAACGAGGAGGGUUCCCUCGUCUCCAUCAUCGCCCGCACAGACCUGAAGAAGAACCGGGACUUUCCUCUGGCGUCCAAAGACUCUCGGAAGCAGCUGUUGUGCGGCGCCGCCAUCGGGACCCACAACGACGACAAAUACCGGCUGGACCUGCUGGUGCAGAGCGGCGUGGACGUGGUCGUACUGGACUCGUCUCAGGGAAACUCCAUCUUCCAGAUCAACAUGAUCAAGUACAUUAAGGAGAAGUAUCCCAGCCUGCAGGUCAUCGGAGGCAACGUGGUGACUGCGGCUCAGGCGAAGAACCUGAUCGACGCCGGCGUUGACGGCCUCCGGGUCGGGAUGGGCAGCGGCUCCAUCUGCAUCACGCAGGAAGCUCCUCUCAGUGUCCCUCCAGCUAUAAAGCUCCACAGCCCCAAAACCCCCACCACUGUAACGGGAUUCUCCAUGUUGGCAUGCGGCCGACCCCAGGCCACCGCCGUCUAUAAGGUGUCGGAGUACGCCAGGCGGUUCGGCGUCCCGGUCAUCGCCGACGGCGGCAUCCAGACUGUCGGACACAUCGCUAAAGCUCUGGCUCUGGGCGCAUCCACAGUGAUGAUGGGUUCGCUGCUCGCCGCCACCAGCGAAGCUCCCGGCGAGUAUUUCUUCUCCGACGGCAUCAGGCUGAAGAAAUACCGCGGCAUGGGCUCCCUGGACGCCAUGGACAAAAACCUGGGCUCCCAGACCAGAUACUUCAGCGAGUGUGACAAGAUUAAAGUUGCUCAGGGUGUUUCCGGAGCGGUGCAGGACAAAGGCUCCAUCCACAAGUUUGUUCCCUACCUGCUGGCCGGCAUUCAGCACUCGAGUCAGGACAUCGGAGCCAAAAGCCUCACGCAGCUCAGAGCCAUGAUGUAUUCUGGAGACCUGAAGUUUGAGAAGAGAACGGCGUCGGCUCAGAUGGAGGGCGGAGUCCACAGCCUGCACAGUUAUGAGAAACGUUUGUUCUGAGGCGAAACGCCGUUCACUACGUCCUCUCCUCCUCCUCCUCCUCCUCCGAGGAUCAUCAGUCUUCCUUCCAGCGUCAUCUAUGCAUCGCGUGUUUAGAUUUUAAUCGACCAGUGCACGUACGACUGAGUCGGAUCUGAACUUUCAUGUGUUUUUUCUUGUAGUGUGUCUGGUAUUAAACAAAAAAAACUAACAAAAAAAAA